UCAUUUUGCAUUUCCGGACGGGGGAGAGACCUUUGUAUAAAUAACACAUCUCUCCCCUGUCAGCUCCUGCACACUGCUUUGUAUGGCUCUGUACAGCAGAGCCAUACAUAGCAGUGUGCUUGCAGAGUAAAGCACACACACAGCACAACAGCACACAGUUAACCCUUUGAUCGCCUCAGAUGUUAACCCUUUCCUGCCCAGUGCCAUUAGUACAGUGUCAGUGCUUUUUACUAACAGUGAUCACUGUAUUGGUGUCACUGGGGAUGUCAGUGACAUCAAGUCAGUCCCAACUCAGUGUCAGAAUGCCCGUCGCAGUGCUGCUAUAA